AACUUCCUAACCGCAGAAAAGUAAUCGGUCAAAGGGGGUAUUCACAUCUUGUUAAAAGCCUUUCACUCAUUGUCUCUGUGUCUGUAUAUUGAAGAUGGCUCAAGCAAGCUAUGCACCUUUGUCUUGUCCAGUUUCUGUGAUAGGGUCUCAGUUCAUGGUACCAUAUCAAUUCGAUAUUAUAGUUGAUACAAAUUCACGCGGAAACCUUGUGAUCACUGAUAUCAACCAUAAAAUCUUGUUCAAAGUGAAACCAUGCGACACAUUCUUUCACCAUCAGAGAGUGCUACUUGAUGUUGAUGACAAACCCAUCGCUGUGAUCCGUGAAAAGAUCAUGACUGAACACCACCGAUGGAAUGUAUUCAGAGGUGACAGUAAAAGUAAAUCGGAUAUAAUAUUUAGUGCAAAAACACCUAACAUGAUCCAGAUUAAGACCAGUGUUCACGUGUUCUUGGCAAACAAAACCGGUAGUAAUAAUGUUUGUGAUUUCAAGAUCAAAGGAAGCUGGUCCAAGAGAAACUGCAGUAUUUAUGUGGGAGAUACUUUAACACCAAUAGCCCAAAUGUCUAAACUGCAAUCAUCCGUGAAUGCAAAGUUGGUUGAGGGCAAAUUCAUGGUGACCAUUUGUCCCAAAGUGGAUCAUGCGUUUGUGGCCACACUUAUAGCGAUUGUUGAGGCUAUGAAAAUGGUAAGCUCUGACAAAAAAGAGAAACUUUUGUUGGGUGUUGGUAGAGGUGUGGGUGGUCUUGUUGUUUCUACAUUAAUUCCUGCAGUACUUCUUAUAUAGUAGUACUUGUGUUAGUUGCAUUAUUUUCUCUAUUCCUGAAUUCCUUGAUGGAUCAAUGCGUGUAUAGAUUCAUGUAUAGUUUACCCCGCAUAUAUGAUGUUGUAUUAAACAUAUUUGGAGUAAUUCUUCCUAUUGUUUUAAGUCCCUACAGUCCACGUUGUUUUACUCU